AUGCACACAUUGUCAAUUCUAUCCCUUUUCUUGAACUUGUUCGCCUUUUAUUGUAUUGCCUGUAAGUCAACAAAGCAUAUGGGCGCUUAUAAAUGGUAUCUACUUGCAUACCAAACGGCUUCCCUCGUAUACGACGCUGUUUAUUCUUUAAUUAUUUUACCGGUGAUAUUCUUUCCAAUGGCAAUGGGUUAUCCUGGUUCUUGGAUUGCACACUGGCUAUCCAUCAGCGGUCACGCCGGAGUUAUUAUGGUGAUUUUGACAUGCUCGUUGCUUGUUGCCUGUAUUCUCAAUCUAUUCAACUAUCGAUGUCACCUGGUCACUCCAGCUCAUCACUUCUUGAAGAUCAACGACAACGGUCACAUCUAUACGAGUCUUGCUUUGACGCUGAUAUAUUUCAUUUCGUGUUCAGUUGGCAUAAUGGAUGUAUUACCUGAUCAAGAAGCGGCUAAAAAAUGGGUUUUGGAGUAUUAUACGUGCGCUAAACAUAUUAUACAUGUUCCACGUCUUACAGUCUUCAUGUUAGAAGAAGGGAUACGUAUUGCUAUUACGGUUAUCGUACUAGCUGUUGCUGCAACUGUAAUUACGGUUAUUUGGAUAAUCCUAUCUUUCUAUUUCAUAAGGAGGAGCGGACAGUUGUCACGAAAAACAAAACAAAUGCAGAGACGUUUUCUUAUUUACCUUUGUGUACAG